AUGCCUUUGGCAAACGGGCAUGGCCAUUUUCUCUCGCCUAAAUUAGGGAGAAGUCUUCGGUUACAGGACAGCUAUCGGAAGAGGUUUUCAUCUGAAGCGAGAAGUAGUGUGGCUGGCCCCGAUCAGUCAAAUACAUACUAUACAUGGUCUAGAACAAAUUCAGUGCAACCUUCAGGUGACCCCAAGGACCGUUGUCGGAUAAAUGGUGCUCGGGAAAAGCUCGAACGCCCAAUUAGUACGAGCUCCUCCCAGGUAGAUUCAAGAGUCCGAAGUAUGCUGUUUCAUAAUGCGUAUAUUCCUAAGUCUCUAGGUCGAUAUGAGAAUACUCUAAAGGCAUAUUCUCUUGAAGAUUUAUUCCAAAAAGCAGCGGAAACAUCUCCGUUAUUGAAAAAUGCAAAUACUCCCCUAAACCCCCGCUUGGUUCAGGAACCACGCUGGAAGAAUUCUUACGGUACUAGUGGAUGUAACGCAGGAAGAUCAAAUAUGCCUUCAUCUCCAUACCACCGACAGAAGGAAUCCAGCCCAUCAGCUAGAAAGAAACCCGCUGGGUGGCGGGGCUGCUUAGGUCAUAAAUUAAAGUGUCCAGUUAUGGGUGUUGACACACCGGAGCCAGCUAUUUACGCUUUUCUGGGCCGUUCUAAUGACACUCAUUGUCUUGCAACUGCGCACCAACAACGCUUUUCUGCACACUAUGAUUCCGAUUUGGCAAUAUGUGGAAGAAGAAAGGAUAACGCUUUGCGUUCUCCCGCCCAAAAUCGUCAGGAAUGGCAACUAUCACGAAGCUCCAAGAUAUGUGUAGAGCCUGAACAAUCGCAAAAUGAAGCCCUAGCCCGGCAAUUUUCUAGCGGUACACCUACAUUCGACCGCCAGUACCGUCUUUAUGGUUCUCCACCCCAUUUUAACUUACCAAAAAAUUCUCAAUCCGAUUUUGUGGACCUAGAUCUUGAGUAUCCCCAGGGAGGCAGUUCGAGUCAGUUUUACCUGCUGGACAAUGAAAUCCAAACACUAGGAACACCAACAGAACCCGACGGCUAUCCUCUCCAUACGCCACCAAAACAGGACAUGCAUUCCCACUUGGAAUCUAAUGCACAGGGCUCCCCUUGUGUGAAAGAUGGAGGAGAUGCUGCUGAAUUAAACUUCGACCCGUGGCACUUUUGGCGGCCCAAUAAACUCUAUUAA